UCCGCCGGGGCGGCGCCGCUUCCGCGGGGCGGCUCCGCCAUGGCCGCGGGCCGCUCCCCGCCCACCUUCCUGCUGCUGGGGGCGGCGGGCGGCGGCAAGAGCCUGCUGGUGCGGCGGCUGCGCCAGCUGAGCGCCGAGGAGCCCGCGGAGUUAGGCGAGCCCCCGGCCACGCUGCCCACGGUGGGCACCAACCUGACGGACCUGCGGCUGCCACGGAGGGUGACCGUGCGGGAGCUGGGCGGCUGCAUGGGCCCCAUCUGGCCCAGCUACUACAGCGAGUGCAGCGCUCUCCUGUUCGUGGUGGAUGCCUCCAACCCCAGCCAGGUCUCCUCGUCCUGCAUGCAGCUGCUCUCAGUCCUCUCUGCAGCGCCGCUCGCCUCUGUGCCCGUCCUGGUGCUCUUCAACAAGAUUGACCUGCCCUGCUACAUGUCCCUGGUGGAGAUGAAGUCGCUGUUCCGCAUGCAGGACAUCGUGUCCUGUGCUACGCAGCCCAUCACGCUGCUGGAGACCAGCGCCCGCGACGGCACCGGCCUGGCCGAUGUCCUGCAGUGGCUUCGGAGCGCCCUCAAGGACCCCUGCUGAUCCCAGCCCCGCAGCCCAGGACCAUCCUGCCACAGGAGGAGGUGGUGAAGAGGCAGCUGCCCUGCCUGGAACUGGGAGCAGAGCCCAGGCAGUGCCUUGGGCUGUUGAUGGACUGGAUCCCUGUGGGACUUGACAGUAAAACUCCCACCACACUCUC